AUGAAAGAAAGGAACAGCAGAAGGAAUAAUCUGAGUGGUGGCGGGAAAAUGGGGGGAAGCCAAAGUGGACGCGCGGGUGGCAACAACCUUACCGGUAGUGCUUUAAGAGGCCGAUCCGAUAAGGCGGGUGACAAGGGCAUUGGCGAUGGUGUUGACCCCCGCUUGGACAACAGCUGCGACGUUGGUUGCAACCCUGUGAGGGAUUCCAUGGACGCGCCCAAGUGUGUCGAUAUAGGAGGAGAGGUUAGUGUAAGUAAAAGUGAAGGGUUAAUUAACCUGAACAAUACGCAGGAGGUAUAUUACGUGGAGGGUAGCGAGGACGCUGUGAUCAAUCCUGAUGUAGAGGAAAAAGGGUCCGAGGAGAGAAGGCUAACGGGUCAGGGAGACGCCGCGGGGACAGAAGAACCCGAUGUGAGCAUUGAUGUGGUAGACAGUGACAAAUGCGCAAAGGAUUCGAACGGUCGUAAUUGCGAAGAUCCGGUAGGGGAGUUAUGCAUGGAUAAUAAAGUACCGGAUGACAAUUCAGGCCAGUUAUUUAUUCAAAAUUUUAAGGGCGAUGGUUGCAGCGGCAGUGGCGACCAGCCCUUGGAGGGGGAGUCUUCUGGCGUGGUCACUUGCGGUGUGGGCAAUACUGCUAACUGCAUGGAUGACGGCCCGGCCGAGGAGCACCCCCAGUUCGAGGUGCAAAGCGAGGAGGUAGCCAAGUGGAAAAAAAGGGGGAACUCCCGAUUUAUUAAAAGGGAAACAAAUUUGAGAAGCGACACCCAUGAAGAGAAGAAAGACGUGGUUAUGUCUUUAGGGAAUGAACCCAGUCUGUUGAAUCCUGUCAGUCACAUAGGGUGCGGCAAAGUGGGUAGGAAAAAAGGCAGACGGGAGAAGAGUGUAAGCAGUGCAAAGAUGGAAGAUGAUGGUACCGCCUUUCCAUUUGCCCCCAUGGGGUGUAACGUGAAAGAGUACAGCGGCGGUAACAGUGGCCACAACAGUGGUCACAACAGUAACGGUAAUGGCGCAGGCCAAUUUGAAAAAAGCCUAUUGAAUAAGACAGGCGGAAGGAAGAAGGGGACACUUUGCAAGGGGAAAAUAAAAACGAAGAAAAAAAUCCCACAAAAGAAAAAGUCCAAGUGUACCCUCAAAGGGAACUCCGCAAGUAACCGAAUCAAGUAUGAGACAACGCACGCAGGAAAGACUAAGUUAAAAAAUGAAAAGAAGAGUUACGUAAAGGACGAGCUAUAUUAUAAUUAUGGAGACAGCUACAAUGGUGCGUAUGAUGAUGGAGGUGUACACGACUUAAGUGAUAAAUUUUCUAAUAUAAAUAUUAGCAAGCAUUUUUUUUUAAAAAUGGACGAUGAUGAUGAGGAAGAAGAGGAGGAGGAGGGGGACGGGGACAGGGGUUAUGACGAUGCGUGUUCGAGUAGGAACAGUUCCAUGUCUCUUAACUUGGCUAAAAAAAAUUUCCAGAAAAAAAUUAUCAUCCUGGAUGAGCGUUCCAGUUGGGGUGGAGGCAGCGUAAGUGGUAAGGGUAAUGGAUGCUCUGCGGAAGGAGCAUCUGUCGCCCCUGAACAGGGCCCCACCAAUGGCAGCAACAUUAACGAUGCUAGCGGCGUGAAUCACGUUAUAGGCGUGAACCACGUUAGCGGGGGUAACGACGUUAGCGACAGUAAGGGCGCAAAAAAAAUGAUGAAACGAAUCUUAACAAGCGAGGAAAGCACGACUCUGCUAAACAACGUAAAGGAAAUAAACAUGAAGAGGUUCAACUUCAACAACAUUAUUUCUAACAAGGACUCUCUAAUGGAACAGUUCAUAUUAUAUAACUUAUUCUCUUAUGACAUCACUAUACUUAAAAGGCCCCUCAAAUUUAUUUACACGUAUUGCUUGUUCAAAAAUUUAAGAUUGUAUUACCAGAUACAGGACAAAAAUGUGUAUAUCGAUGAGAAAGCCAUUCCUAACUGUCGCAUCAAGGACAACCUGAUCGACACUCACUCGAUCAUAUUAGGCAUGUACGAGAAUUACUGCAGGCAUUUGAACCGAGGUAAAGUACCCAUUGCUGAUUUUAUAAACUUGAAUUAUUUUAACAUUCACAAUGUUAAAUUUGCGAAGAAGAAUGUGCAACACAAUAAAAGCUACGAUGAUAAUAUUUUACCGGAGAAGGACAAUAGGCAGAUCAGCUCCAUGUAUAAAUUUAGGCCUUACCUGUAUUCCAACUGCUCGAAUGAUGAGAAGGAUUUCCCUGGGGAAGCUGUGGAUGCACAAAAGGGAGGUGUCGGUAAGGUGGAAAAAGGGGGGGGAGAGAAAACGGUGAUACGUGCAGAGCAGUUGAGUGCGAUGAACAAUGAUGCCUCCAACGAGAGCGUCAAACUGUUUGAAGACACCUCCCCUGUAACGUGCAAGGGGGAGGAUAUCCAGGGCGCUUCUGCACAUUUGCCGCAUGAGAGCCAAGUGGUGGAGGAAAAGGGAGAAGACUGCAAGCAGAUCGAGUGCAAGGUCGUGAUGAAUGAAGCUGUCAUGGGGGAGGAGGAACUGUGCGAUGAAGUAGUGGAACAGGUGGAAGAGGACCCCGUACCCGUGCAGAAGGGGCGCAAGAGGAAGAUGCAGGUGGGGGGCACCAAAGAUGGGGCAUCUGAUUUGGCAAGUAAGAAACAGAAGGGGGAAGAAGCAGUUGUAGGGGAUGGCGCAAAUGGAAGUCAGGACAUGCAGGGUGGAAAUGCCGCUUUAGGAGAAAAUGAGGACGUACAUCAAGUGGGAAGUGAGUCCAUCCACGAGGUCUUGCCCCUAUGCCAGGUGAAGACAGAAACACCUGACGUUGUGGAGUGUGAGGAGAAGGCACAAUGUGAUGAUGUGGUCACCGUAGUGGCUCGCGUAAAGAAUGAAGAGAAGGAAGAAAAGGUGGGUGAAGGAAAAGACUACAGCUGCAUGGUGAUCAUCCCCCCUGAUGAUGACGAUGAAGUGGGAGGGACGGUAGUAAAGAGUGAGAAGUGGGUAAAGGAACAACCCGUGACGCCAGACGGGAGGAGAAAAAAUGUAACACACAAGUAUAACGAAGCGCUCACAAAGGAAGGCAUCGCAGAAGAGGGAGAGGCCAAAAAGAAAGUGCUGAUGCGGAAUAGAAAUGUCAAGGAGGAAAAUAUAAUAAAAGAGGGAAAGCUGGAGAGGGCGUGUAAAGAAAGAAGCGCAUCCAACGUGUCGUCCAUGAGGAAAGGAAGGAAGAAUUUUUUUUGUAACAAUAAUUUGUCUCUUAUGAAGAAUAGAAGAAGGAGAAGUGGAGGUAUUUCUUCAAGGAAGACAAAGAAGAAGACAGAGGAGAGGGGAAGCAAGGGAGGUGAAAACUAUUUUAAAAAAAAAAAUUCAGACACUAGUGAUCACACAGAAUAUGCAGAGGACGUAAGUGAAUUGGAAAAUGUUAAUGUCAUGCUGUUGGAGAGGAUAAAAAAUAAUUACAAAAUGAUGAUGCAAAAUAAUCGGCUGAAUAAAAAGAGGAGGGAGGAGAAAAUGAUGUUGAUGGGUGGUGGUGGUGGUUACUCGGCCGCUACACCUGGGGGUGGUUUUGGCAGGACUGAUAACUGUGUGGGGUAUGAGAGUGGGAUUGUUGGAGGGGGCAUGAAUGGGACAGGUAUUGGGGAGGGUGGUGCAAACGGUUACAACUCGUCCGGUGUGAAGAAUAGCAUAAGUGCAUAUCACCACGGUGGUGCUAACAGUGAUGAUAAAUUGAGUGGAGGUAAGUUGGGUAUAAUGCAAGAGGGAGAUAAAACCGGUAUGUACAGAAGCGGUAGCAAUAAUGAACUAUGGGACAAGGAAAGGAAAUAUUUGCUGUCAGUGGACUGGCUUUAUAAUAACAAUUUUAAUAUAUUAGACAUCAAGGUGAACACUCAUUUUUCUCACAACUACCACAUAGCAUUAUUUUUUUUAUGUAAAUACACAUCGUAUAAUCUUUUUUUGCAUCCUAUUAAUAAGAAUGAGCAUAUUGUUUCUUCAGUAAUUUUGAAUUCAAAAAAUGAAGUGCUAACGGAUAAUGGGAAUUUUUUUGUACUGAGAUAUUUAUUAUCCUUUUUAAGUAAUAAAAUUUCUAGCCUUAGAAAAUGUUAUGCGAAUGCCUUAUACAAUUCUUACUUGUUACAAAUGCCCAUACGUAUUUUCCGUCACAAUAAUUUGAAAACCAAGUACAGCCCCAACUACGGUAUACGAUAUGAUGGCAUAUAUAAAAUUGUGAAUGCCUUUACCAUUAAUGAUUAUUCUACAUCAGAGUAUAAGAGGGACAUUUUGUAUGUGUUUAAGAGGUUGUAUGUGGACAAGUGUUUUAUUCCCCGGAACUGCCGCUUCUACGAUAGCCAGUGCGAGAGGAAGAAGUACUUGAUUGAGAAGAAUUCUGUUUCUAUUAACGUUUUUUUGGGUAGUGAAAUGAUUAUGACUCUGACUGUUCCAUAUUUGAAGAAUUAUAAAUCGACUACGUUUAUGAAUUUCAAUCACAUUUACAAGUUUAUUCGGCGCAGGUGUAUUAAGGAGAAGCUUGCUUCCAAGUGGGUGCGUAGUGAUGUGCGCAUGUACGAGGCGUGCAAGCGGAAGUUGCGUCAGGAGGGGGGGGAUUUGGGGGUGGCUGGGCGUAAGCCGGGCGGUCGCCCAAGCAGCGCACGUACAGGGGAGACUGCAAAUGGUGGCCCCCCGACUGGGAGAGGGGGCGCGGAAACGUUCCCCUUUUGGUGUCGAGGGAAAUAUCUGCCGCUGGUACUUGUCCUGGAGACGCUGAAUUUUGAAAAGGAGAUUAACGAAAACCAAAGAAUUAGAACGAAGAAUUUCAAGAACCUCGAAAUUUCCAUACGUAAGACAGAAAUACCCAUAAAUUGUGAAAUGGCAAAGAGGCCAGCUCAUUUGUUCAUCCCGAUCAAAAGCAAAGAAGCAAUAGCCGCUCACAUCGAAUUGAAGAAGCCAUUCGAGGAUACAUGGAAUCCAUAUGAAGACCUUUCAGCUGGAAAAGAGAAAUUUAAAAUACCAGUAGAAAACACGGUGGAUGAUUCUCUCCCCCCUAUGAAUUUUACCUAUGUGGAUAAGACUUUAUUUUUUUCUAGGUUGCCUCCAUAUAAUUUAUUACCACUGUGUUCAGGGUGCGCUCCACAAAAUUAUAGUAAAAAGGAGUUUGAUGAAAUUUAUAUUAAUGGGUACUGUAAGGCGUUGCGGCAUAAACGAACGAACAGAAUUUAUUGUGAUGGGAACAAGAACUACGACAUUAACGACUUUAAUGUGUUGGCUGCUUGCUCAGGGAACUGUCUUUGUGACCCUUUGAAAUGCACCAAUAAGUUUCCUGAAGGUUUGCACUACCCUGUGAAGGUGGUGAAGACACGAGACAUAGGAUGGGACAUCGUUUCCUCGUCUUAUAUAAAAGCUAACUCAUUAAUUAUGCAUUACGUUGGGGAAAUCACCACCAGGAAGGAAAUGAUUUCUAGGGAGCACGAAUAUGAUAAGAAGGGGUACUUUAACUACUUCAUUGAAACAGCAGAGGUGGAUGAAACUUACACGGACGAUUGGAAGAUCCCAUGCAUUGACGCUCUGUUUAUUUCGAAUGUGGCUCGUUUCUUAAACCACUCAUGCGAGCCGAAUGUGAAUGUGAUAACCAUUUGGCGCGGCGACAAUUACCCCUCCGUUGGGAUCUUCGCCUCCAGGGACAUCAAGCCGGACGAGCCGCUCAAGUACCACUACGGCAUCAACUAUAAGAAUAUCAAGUGCAUGUGCAAUUCGAAGAAGUGCAAGGGGUACAUCGGGUGA